CAAGAGGGUAGGUCCCAUCAUUCGGGGCCUUAUCGCAGUUUGAGCGAGCGUGGUUAUUCCUCAGCGUCUUAUUCAUCUCAAUAUGGAUCAUAUUCUGGUUACAGCAAUGUUCCCUCAAGUGAUUAUUAUCAAUAUCAAAGCUCCGGCAAUGUUUAUUAUCAAUUGCAAGGGGGAUAUUAUUCACCUCAGAGUUCGGGUCCACCUUUUCCUGGGGUACAGAGAUAUGGUAGUCUUGCCGAAGAGGCUUGGCCAAUAUCAAAAGAUGAGUCUGGUCUCUUUAAAACAAAUUCAAAAACUUACUUGGCUUAAUUAUUUUUUUUUUCUUCUUUUAACUCGGAAUGAACACUCGGAAAUUAGUCAUUUUAAAUAUUUCAAAAAAUUCAUCGGCUACUAUUAAUAAAAAUUGAUUUUUAUAUUUUCAAAAAAAAAAUUCCUAACUGAUAAAUAUUUCAAAAACUUUUUUCAAUAAUAAAAAUUCUGUUUAUUAAUUAUUCGAAUUUACUAAGAAUGAAUAAAUUUAUUAUUAUCACUUGAUAUUUAAUUAUUUAAAGACGUGAAAUAAUAUUUAAAAUAUGAUUUUCAAGUGCACCUAUCAAAUAACCUAAUUUUACGAUUUUUAUUCUUUAAUUAUAAAAAAUAGGAAACAUUCAAUUAAAUAAAAACAUAACAAAUAUGAAGUUCUUGUGAUAAAAUUUUAGAAUUUCCUUGCACUUUUCUUCUCUCUUCUUCAUAUGUAUAAAAAAAUAUUUUUUUAAAUAAAAUAGCCACUUUCUUCAUUUCCUCUAUUUUUGAACGUCAAUAACUUUCUUGGAGAAAAAUAAAAAAAUAUGGGGCUUCGAAAAUUAUUUAAAUGGACACUAAAUAUAUAUACAAACACACUAAAAAUUUCGCGUUGGUCCCAAAGCUGUUUUCGAAGAUAAAGCGGAUUAAAAUUUUCGUUUUUUUGAGAUAUUUGACAGAUGCACUUGAAAAUCAUAUUUUAUAUAUUAUUUCACAUCUUUAAGGGCCAGUUUCACCAACUCCGGUUAAAAAUUAAUCAGCGAUUAAAUCCCUAACCGACCAAUCAGGAGUGGUUAAAUUGGCUUUAAUCACUGAUUAUCUUUUAAUCAGAGUUGGUGAAAUCGACGUUAAAUAAUUAUAUCAAAUAUCAAUUAUUCGUCAAAUAAUGAUUUUUUUGUCAUUUUUAAUUUUUUUUCUUAUAUAUCAAGAAUAAAACGCAAAUUUUUUUUUUUAUAAACAAUAGCUUAUUUUUUUUAUUGAAAUAUUAUUUACAAUCGUAUAAUCAUUUUAAUAUAUUAUUAAAAUAUUAUUAAAAUUACGAUUGUAUGAAAAAUUGUUUCAAUAAGUAAAACGAGCUAUUGUUUAGAAAAAAUUAGAUAAGAAUUGCGUUUUAUAUCUGAAUUAAAAGAAAAAAAAUUAUUAAUUUGAUACGAAAACAUUUUUGUUUCAACAUUAUUUUUUCUUAAAAGUGUCGAUAACUAUAUUUAAACUUAUUGAUACAUAUCAAUAAUAUCAAAUCACAAAAUAUGUAUACAUAAUAGAACGUUUUAUUCAAUAUUUGAAAACAAUUUAAAGAAAGUCGAUUUUUUUCAGAAUAGUAGCCGAAAAACGUCCUUAAUACGAUUAAAUUAUUUAUUUAUUUUCACUAUAGCUUAAACAAUUUUUAUUGUUAUUUUAUUCUAAAAAUUUUUUAAUUUAUUUUACAUAUUUAUUUACAUUGUAAUCAUUUAUC